UUAUAAGUGUUGAUAGAGUUCCUGUCUAAACAGAUGAAAAGAAAAACGUAAUAUUUGGUUUGGGAAGAAAGGAUAUGAGACUGGAUCAUGCACUUUCGCGUUGCCAUCGAAGAGUAUAUUCCAUGCAUUGCCUUGAACGAUACAUCGAAAGGAAUUAAAGCUACAGGUCCUCUGAUUGACAUGCUGAAUCUGUUUGCUCAUCGCAUGAAUUUCACAUACUCCUUUAAGAGGCCACCUGACCAUGCCUGGGGUACGCGUGGUCCAGACGGCUGGACAGGAAUGAUGGGGAUGUUGUACAGAAAUGAAGUCGACUUCGCUAUGGGUCCUUUUACUCUGACCUAUGAAAGAAAUUCUGAUGUUCCUAUGUCGGUUCCCUUGUUUACGGAUGAAGUAGAUAUACUGGUGCCACCGGAAAACUGGGAAAUGUCAUUAUUCAGUGUUGUGAAAAUAUUUACUUGGGACGUCUGGCUUGCUCUCUUGCUUUCACUUCUCGUUAACAGCUUUAUUCUAUCUGUUAUUGGAGAAAUUCAAAACAAGUAUCUUUUUCAACAAAGUAAUAAUAAAUUCUUCAGCAAUGUUUGGGUGAUUAUUAGGAUUAUUCUACGCCAAGACUAUGCUCUGAAAUCGGUUACUGCUCAGAAGGCUGUUAUUUGGAUAAUAUGGAUGUUUUCAUCAAUGGUGAUAUCUUCUGUUUUCGGAGGCAUUUUGCUAACUUCGCUAGUUGUUAGGAAAGCUCGACAAAUCAAUUCAGUUGAAGAUCUAGCAGCGUCCUCCCUACAACCCAUUCUCGAAGCGCAUUCUUCCACUUAUGGCAGAUUUAAAAGGUCCCUAAUUCCAGCAUACCAGACCGUUUUUCACAAAGCCAGUUUGGAUGCAGAACAUACGCUACUGACUAUGAGUGAAGUAGGUGAAACAGGUUUGGGAUUGGUGGCAACAGGUUCCUACGCUGUUUUACUUGAAGGCAUGAGUAUUCGAACAUACAUGGCAAAGAGAUUCAAAAAGGGUCUUCACUGUAAUUUUCGUUUUGCCCGGGAUCCCGCCUUCACUAUGUGGAAAGUAAUGGCUUUCAGCAACGCUUUUCCUAAACCACUUUUUCGAAAAAUGAAUAAGAUUAUUCGCUGGUCAUUCGAAAGUGGUUUGCUUUUGAAACGGAUGGAAUUACAGUAUGCUGGCUACACGCAGUGCCUAUAUCAGAAAGGAAACCAUGUUGAAAAACUUGACUUCGAACACGUUCUAGGAGUAUUUUUGCUAUGGUUAAUGGGCUGUGCUGCUGGACUUGUUGUUUUUAUCUCAGAACUAAUGAGAAAGGAAAAGAAAAUACUAAAUUGAAAAAUUCAGACAAAAAUGCAACAUUCAGCAUCAGCUUUGCAGCGAAUUAUUAGAAAAGAAAACAACUAGUAGAAAAGUGAAAAAGAAAUUUAUAAACAUAAUAUAACCUUAUUUUAUACAAUUUUCAUUUCUUUUAAUUUAAUUUUCAAGUUUCAUAUGUACCUUAAAAAGAAUAUCAAAGUUUGCUUUAUUGCAAUUCGGGAAACUCAUAAAGCUAUAAUUUUUCUUGUGCAACAGCAUCAGAAAAGUAAAUGUUAAAAAAAGCAUUAGAAAUAUCGCAAAGUUCUCGUGAUAGUCAUUUCUCUAAGACAAUAACCCUACAAAAGACUGGUAUUUCUCAAAUAUAAAUAAACAUCGCUUUUGAGUAUCACCACUCGCCUAAGACAGCAACUUUCACAGAAGCUCAAAUUUAUUUAGAGCCGUGGGUGGUCUUUUCAGAGACUAUACCAGUACUUCAGAUACAUUAUGGGGAAAGGGGAAAGAUAAUGAAAAUAAUUUUUUGUUAAAUUUUUACACAUAAAAACAGAUUUGUUUCACACAGUAGUCCAUAUCACAGUAGUCCCUUCCUAUGGCGACUACCUACAAUCCUAAAUGAGCAAGGUUUUUAUGUUUAUUAAUCAACUAACUGAAGUACCCGAUGCCAGUUAAGUUAGAUUGAGAGUAAUGUAUUUAACAGCAGAGAGAAUGAAACCGCUGUAAUCCUUCUCUAAUAACGAUGCAAAAAAUAGGAUUCAUAGUCAUACAUUUUUCAAUCUGAUGCGAUACGGAACCACGUAAAAAAUUUCGAUGGAAAAAUAAGCUAAUUUUCUCUCAUUAUAUCAGCAACAAUGACACGCAGUUUUUAAUGAUUUUCGUCUUUCUAAUCAAAUAGUCGUAAAAGCUCAAGUUCCAUCCAA